AUGCCCGGCGUAUGCUGCGGCUGCGUCGCCGCGCCGGCAUCGGUGCAGCCGCGCAAGACGUACAACACCCUGAUGACGCAGCUGUUCGCUGGCGAGGCGAUCAAGACGACAGACCCGCUGGACUCGUCGCUGCGGCGCAGGAUCCAAAAGGUCUCCCGCCGCCUGAUGCGCCGCGUGCGGCAGGCGCUGCGCAAGCCGGGCGACAGCCUGGGGCAUGUCAAGGUGGCGGUGUACGCGUGGAUCUACAUGCUGGCGAUGUCUGCUGACGAGGAGAGCAGCUACUCCCCCAGCUUCUUCGCGACGGAGCUCGUGUCUGGGCCAGACGCAGUGGUGCGCGAAAGUUGGGGUCUGAUGGACGGCGCGGUGCCGCUGCUGCUGCGGGACCCGCACCUGGAGAUGCGCACCCUGGGCGCCGAGCUGCUGCGCGCGUUCACGGCGGUGCAGUCGGAGACGGACACAAAGCUCGACGCAAUCCAGGCGCUCACACCCCUGACGUGCCGCGCGGCGCGCGCGGCGCUGCAUGCUGAGAGCGCGGACCAGAAGGUGUCGGAUGCGGCAGAGCGCCGCAGGCAGGGCGAUGUGCUGGCGGUGCCCAACCCCCUAGACCUCAUCGCCAGGCGCGCUAGGGCGGCGGCAGAGGGGCGGCGACGGGCAGAGGAGCGGCGGGGCGCUCGGCAGGCGCUGCGCGGGGCUCGCGACGCCGAGCGAGGCGGCCUGCCGGCGCGCGCGCCGGCGCAUGUGGCAGCGCUGGAGGCGUCGUGCCUGCGGUGCCUGUGCGAGGUGGUCGCCCUCGCGGCGCGCGGCAAGGUCGCCCCUGACCAUCUGGAGCAGAUGCAGGCGGUGGCCCUCGACAACCUCAGGCACCCGGCAGGUGGCAUCAGCGGACGUGCGAGCGAAGCGGGGGCUGGCCCCAUGUCCAACGGCGGCCCCUCCGCCGCCAGUGGAACCGCGCCAGGCGCCGCCGAGGGAGCCGACGGCGCGGCCGCGCCGCCGCCGUGUGUCGUCGAUUAUGAGUUCUGCGCAGCCAUGGGCGUCGCGCACCGCCUGCCGCGCGGCGGCGGGGGCGCGCGGGAGCUGGCAGAGCGCCUGCUGGCGCUGCUGGCGGGCUUUGUGCGCGACAUCGCAACGGUGUAUGAUGUCAUGGGGACAUUCUUUCGCUACAUGGACUCUAAGAAGCGCUGGGGGGAGAGCGGCGUGGUGCAGGCAUACAUGAGCGCGCUCGCGUCCUCAGGCACGCGCCACGACUACCCCAUCUUCUCCUCCCUGCUGCGCCAUGCAUCCGGCGGCGCGCUGCCGCCCGCCGACGCGCGCGCGGUCCUCGGCGUCGCCGCGCAGCAGGCGCGGCGGCUGGACGCCGCGGCCGCGGUGCCCGCGCUCGCGGCGACACUGCUGGAGCUGCCGCGGGUGUGGGCGGCCCAGGCACGCUCUGCUGGCGGCGACAGCGGCGGCGGCGGGGGCGCCUCGCUGGUGCAGGCCGCGCUGGGCCUGGGCGGCGGUGGCGGCGGCGACGAGCGCGCGGCGGCUUCCGAGCAGCUGCGGCAGGCGGUGCUCGAGCUGGUGCGGCAGCUGGCGGGCGGCGUGGCCGGCGCGGCGGAGCUGUCGGAGGCGCUGACGUCAGCGCUGCGGGGCGCGGCCGAGGAGUGCGCGGGGGACCAUGAGGCGGCCGCGCUGGCGGCCGAGGCCGCGUCGCAGGCGGCGGCCGCGUGGGCGGAACGGCGGCAGCAGCAGGCAGCGGCGGGCGCGCUGCCGGGUGGCGCGCUUCCGGGGCCGCUGGUGGAGGCUGUGCUUGCGCUCGAGGCCGCCGGGCCGGCAGCGGCGCGGUGGCCGCUGCUUCGCGUCCUGACGCGGCUGCUGCCUGCGGCUCCCCGGAUGCCAGGAGCAUAG